UUUGUUUUGUGAAAACUUUGUUGAGUCUAGAAAAGAUUAAAAAUAAGCGACAAUACAAUAUCUAUAAAGACUUACACCAACGUAAAUAAUUUUAGCAAUUGCAACUUCUAACGAGAUACUAGUGGUGAACUCGCGUUUUCAUUUACAAACUUUUCCAUAUUUUAUGACCCCGACAGCUCAGGCUAUACUCCGUAAGUUUAGUAAAGUCUGGCACUUCGUAUUGAAUUAUGUUUAAGAUGCAUGACUGAAGAUGUGACUCAAAACCAGGGUAAAACAUUGGUAUGUGACUAUGUGUAAGAAACUUUAAUCCGUAUCUAACUACAAACAUCGGGCAAUUGAGGUUUUUCAUGAGGUUAGUUUCAUAAUUUUGAGGUUUGUGUACAAACUUUAUUAUUGCUAGCCUAAGUUUUUUCAAAAGAGGUUAUUAAAAACAAAUCUCAUUGUAUCUAAUAAAGUUAAAAAAUUAUUUUUUAAUUUUUAUGUGAGUUGAAUCUCUAUUAUAUAAGCCAAGAGCCGAGGGCUUUUUCGUAACUUAACUUUUCGUGUCCCCAGCCAAAAUUACCAAAACACCCUUGAAGUCGUUGAUGCUGCUCGCUGACCCCCUAUCUCUUGCACUCUUUUCUCUCUCCUCGCAUUUCAGAGGCGAUUUGUGUCCUCUCUCCCCUCUCGCACGUUUCUCUCUCCUCGCGUCUCCAUUGUCGUCGUUUUAGGGUUACAUUUCCUCGCCGAAUCGCGUCCCAAAUCAGCAUUCAGAAAUUUGGGUUGAUUUGGAUCAUGAUGGUCGAUUGGUGGUGCCGAAGCCCGUCACUUUUUUUCAAGGAUCUGGCUUGAAUAAACAAGUUCUUGCCCAGGUACCCAUUAUGGUGCCAAUCUGCGUAAGCAGAUUAAGAAGAUGGAGGUGAGUCAACACAACAAGUACUUUUAUGCGUGGAAAUGCUUCUUCUGCUCUAUGUUCUGAGUAUUUCAACAGCAAACCCUAUGCGUGCGAUCCAUCAACUUUUCCAAUAUAUCCACCUAACAAAGAAAUUGAUGCAAAAGGUCGUGAUGAUGCUAGAAGUAAUACUUCAGAGAUGAACGAUUUGAAAGCUGGGGCAGAGCUGCUUGAUAUUAUUCUUUCAAAGCAUAAUUUGAGAGAGGGGAAACAUACUUGGGUUGCACCAAUACGGAUUUCCGGCUACUCUUGCUUUCCUCAUUGUCUAUUUGGGUUUUCAGCCACAAAGCUCUGUUGCUGCUGCUGCUGCUCACUCUGCUCUGCUGCUGCUUAAUCUGCCCACUCUGCAAGAAAGCAUGCAAUUCUGGUUCAACCUGCAUCAAGAACUUAGGAAGCAUGCAUUAUGUUCUAGAGUAAAUUAUUUGCAUAUUCAAUUAUUUGUUAAUCAUGCUGUCAUUUGGUUGAUUGCAAGCUUUGCUCUGAAAAAAGUUGUAGAGUGUUUUUCGAAGAGUUUGAAGUUCAUAAAUAGGGUUAAUGAUGAAAUUUUGGAAUUUAUAUUUUGGUACUAAGAUUUAGAUUCUUUGUCAUGUAAACGUAUGAUUACUCUGUUUCACUAUUUAGAUGUAUAACCUUAAUUUUUUAAAAUACGAACUUUGUGAACA